AUGGCACCUUCAACGCCGACAGCAACUGUCUCUCUCGCUCCUCUUAAAUCAUGUCUGGUUCAUCUGCCACCACCAUUGACAAAUGCACUUCGGCAAGCGGAUGUGCCGCCACAAUCUCUCGCAGUUGAAAUAUCAUGGAAGUCUGGAAAGGACACGAAACGCGCCUUUACAGGGUGGUCUGGGACGCCGUCUCCGUCUGCUUCCUCCAUCGUCCUCGAUCCCUCGUUUGCACAGGCGUUACAUCUUUCGACCGGUACUACGGUCAGCAUUACGCUGCAUUCUACUCCACCACGAGCGACGAUGGUACAUGUCGCGCCGCUUACCGCGAAUGACUGGGAGGUGAUGGAGUUACACGCGGGAUACCUCGAGGAUCACCUAUUAUCCCAAGUCCGCGCCCUCAGCAUCGGCCAGAAAAUCUGCGUAUGGCUCGGAGGAGGAGGUACGACUGCUACUGUGGUUGUCAACGCGAUUGAUGGUGUUCGUGACGCCGGGUGGGGAUUGGUUGGUCGUGAUGCGGAGGUUGUGGUUGAGCCCAAACCGAGGAGGAGGAGAAAUUCGAAUGCGAGUAAGUCUUCGAAGAAGACGGUUUCGAGUCGGGUGGGGAGGACGGAGGUUGGGAAGGUGCAGGUGUAUCGGGUACAAAGCGUGAAGGGGAUUGCGGAGGAUGGGAAGCUGUGUGUAUAUGUCCCGCCGUCGAGUGCGAGCUUUCCGCAGUGUACGCAUGCGACUGUCAGUGUUAUCAGCCCGCCGGCGCUUAAUCCUACAAUCGAAGCAAGUCCGGACGCAGAAAACCAUCAUCCCAUGGCUGUGGUUCCUGUGUUGGUUCGCGUAAAGGACGACUUGCCGUCCAAUGCGAUCGUUCUGACAGGUGCAACGUCCACCGCUCUCCUCCGUCCACCUACAGGAUCCAGGGUCAAGGUUACCCCGGUAUCAGCGCCACGAAGGGGCAAGACCGCCAAAAUCACAUUCACCCCAGCAAGAGCAAUAGAGGGUGAUGCGCAGAAGCAGGAGAUCAUCGAAGCUAUCAAGGCUAUGGGGCUGGUCGGGGAUGAUAUCAGGGUAAGGUUGUGUGGACGAGAUGGUAUACUACAUGUGGAAAAGGGCGCCGUGGUUGACCCGGCUGCUUGCAAGAUCGAGAUUAGUCCUAUAUCCGAAGACGACCUCUCCACCCUUCCAUCGCCAGCUAUGCCGCCUACGAAGGUGCUUCUGGGAUUGAACCCACCUACGAUUCUACCGAAAGCAAAAGCCUCCUUGACUCGGUCUCAAUCGGUGUACAUCUCUGCACCUGACCUCAGCGGUAAAUCUCUCAUUUUGUCACACCUCAAGCACGCUCUAUCAUCAGCACCGCGCAACGCUCACAUCAUGGAACCCGUCACCUCUCACCUAACCCAAGCAUCUCCAAAACAGCUUCGAGAAACAUUCACAGCAUGGUGGCGAGAAGCAAUGUGGUACGCGCCCACGGUCCUUGUGCUGGACGACUUCGAUCGGCUGGUGGCUGCGGAGAACGAGCAGAGUGGCGAUGGAGGUCGGGCGAGGAUCGUUGCUGAGUGUUGGCAUUCUGCUAUUGGGGCGAAGCUGAAGGUCGGGGAGACGAUGGGUGUUUGUGUACUCGCUACUGGUGUUGGACGGGAUUCUCUGCAUCCGGUCGCGUUGAAGGGGUUUACGGAGUCGCUUGGUAUCAAGGCGCCUGAUAAGAAGGGAAGAGAGGAGAUCUUGCGUGGUUCUUUGGAUGUGCAGAAGAUUGGUAGUGAUAUCGAUUUUCUGGAGGUAGCAACGCGGACGGAGGGUUUCUUGCCGGGUGAUCUGGGUGUUUUGGUUGAGCGAGCUCAGCAUGAAUCCCUCAUUCGCAUUAUUGAAGCAGAUAUCAACAGUUCGGGAGAUGCGCUCGAGAGUGAAGAGAAGCUUGAAAUGCAGGAUUUUGAGAAAGCUUUGGACGGCUUCGUUCCAGCUGGUCUUCGAGGCGUUAAUUUGACUACGGAGGGCGCGAAGUGGAGCGAUAUCGGUGGCUUGAGUACAACCAAAGACACGUUGUUGGAGACAUUCGAGUUUCCAACCCGGUAUGCUCCCAUCUUCGCGUCCUGUCCUCUACGUCUCCGGAGUGGUAUCCUCCUCUACGGUUAUCCAGGGUGCGGAAAGACACUUCUCGCCUCUGCUGUUGCAAAAGAAUGCGGACUGAACUUCAUUAGCGUGAAAGGACCUGAGUUGCUUAACAAGUACAUCGGUGCUUCGGAGAAGAGUGUCCGUGAUUUAUUCGAGCGAGCACAAGCUGCACGGCCGUGUGUGUUGUUCUUCGAUGAAUUUGACAGCAUCGCGCCGAAGAGGGGACAUGAUUCUACUGGAGUGACGGACCGUGUGGUUAACCAAAUGUUGACUCAGAUGGAUGGAGCUGAGGGACUUGAGGGAGUGUAUGUUCUUGCAGCAACUAGUAGACCUGAUCUGAUUGAUCCUGCACUGCUUCGUCCUGGACGUCUCGAUAAAUCUUUGCUUUGCGACAUGCCAUCGCUCGAGGAUCGAGUAUCUAUUCUGGAAGCAUUGCUCAAGAUUUUAUACCUCGAUCCGAGUAUACCACUCGAAGAGCUAGCAGAAAGGAUGGAAGGCUACUCAGGCGCUGAUAUCCAGGCUGUUCUUUACAAUGCCCACCUUGAGGCUAUCCACGAGGUCCUGGAAAACAAACAGGAGCAGUUACAGGAGGAGACAGCGAACGGCGAGCAACAACAAAGCAACCAGCUUGUGCAAUUCGUGAAGUUCAAGCUCAACCAAAAAGAGAACCGGAAAGAGUCGUUGGCUGAGCGGUCCGCUUGGAUGGCACGGGUGAGCGAUAUCUUGAAGCCUAAAUCCGGUGAUUCGGAGUCUUUGGCAGAGGAGGAUGGAGAGGCGCAUACAGAUGCGGCGCAUGUGAUGAUACAGAGGAAGCAUAUCGACAGUUCACUAUCUACUACUCGGCCAAGUAUCUCGAAGGACGAACGACAACGACUAGCAAGAGUCUACCACGAGUUCGUGGUAGGGAGAUCAGGAGAAAUGCCAAAUGGCAUGGCCAGUAACGAAAUCGGAGGACGAGAGACCUUGAUGUAG